AUGAUGACGCAGUACAAAGGGGCAGCCUUCGGUGAACUGAGCCCCCUUCCUUUUGCUGUUGCAGAUGCAGCAUAUAGAGUUAUGAUCAAUUGGAGAAUCAGUCAGUCAAUUUUGGUUAGUGGAGAGUGGAGUAGUUACAACAGAAAGCACAAAAUUGCUUAUGUGGUAUCUUGCUUACAUUGUCAAGCAGCAAGUCCCGGAGGUAAGCCUUGCAUUUCAGUCCAUCCAACCAGCUUAGAUGCAGGACUGCAUCAUGCUGAGGCCAGUCAAAUCCUGUUCUAG